AUGCCUUCACAGAUCUCCCUUGAGCAUACAAAUUCAUUUGUCGAUUCGUCUUUCUUUGUCCAAUUGUCCAAGAUCAAGUUGGACGUGAUGAAAUUGGACGUUUCCCCAAAGCAGAUAUACGGAUCAAGUCCUUUCUCUUCUCUUUCUGAUAACUCCCAACCAUCCAUCAACCUCAACGAUGCCAGUUUUGGAACCCUAGAAGAAUUUGAGAAAAGACUUCCAAAAAACUCCAGUUUCAUCUCCCCUGGUAGAAUAAUGAAUGUUAAUACUCUUGAAGAUUUCAAGAAGCUUGAUAAGAAGACCCUUCUUCGAAAGGCUGCCGAUUAUAUUGAUAUCGCAAUUAGGAACAAAUCCGUUCUCAGAGAUCCUUCCUUAUUGUCUCAGUUCUUUGUUUUAUCAUUCUCCGACCUAAAAAAGUACAAGUUUUACUACUGGUUUGCAUUUCCUUUACUACAUCCUGAAUACAAGGCACAGUUAGUUGAUAAGAGUAUUGAUAUUGAGAAAUAUACGGCAUUGCUAGGCAAAGAGACAAUCAAUCAAAUCAGUGUUAUUAAUGGCAACAGUGACAGCCUUCUACCAUUUGCAGAUCUACUUCAACAAGAUUCUAGCAAACAACUUGAGUUAUUAUUUGUCGACACGGCCACGGAAAUGGGCUCUUUUUCGUAUGUCUUGGGUAACUUGAUCGCUGCACUAUCUGUAUAUGGCUUUGCUCAGGCUAGAAUAUUUGUUCACCACAUACAUUUUCAUAAGAAGUAUGACUGUACCAUUGAUCUUAAUAUAUCCACAGAAAUAGACCCGAGUGUGCACAUUUCUGGAUGGGAGAGAAUGUCCGGAGGACGCUUGGGUCCUAAAAUGGCCAAUCUUGGUUCGCUUAUCGAUCCUCUCCAACUAGCGGAUCAGGCAGUCGACUUGAAUUUGAAAUUAAUGCGUUGGAGAGUCGCUCCAAAUUUAAAUUUGGAUGUGAUCCGCAACUGCAAAUGCCUUCUUCUUGGCUCCGGAACUCUUGGAUCCUAUGUAGCUAGAGCGUUACUCGCUUGGGGUGUUCGCAAAAUCACAUUUGUUGAUAACGGUAAAGUGUCGUUUAGUAACCCUGUGAGGCAACCGUUAUAUAAUUUUGAUGAUUGCCUUGAGGGAGGUCAGCCAAAAGCUGAAGCCGCUGCUCUCAAUUUAAAGAAAGUAUUUCCUAAGGUUGACGCUCAGGGUUAUACAUUAGACGUUCCGAUGGCUGGACAUCCGGUUACAAAUGAGAAAAGAGAGAAAAAGGAUUUUGUACAACUUUGCAAGCUUUUCGACGAAUCUGAUGCCGUAUUCAUACUCAUGGAUUCCAGAGAAACUAGAUGGCUACCUACAGUACUAGGAAAUGCCAAGAAUAAGAUAGUGAUCAAUGCCGCUUUGGGUUUCGAAAGCUACUUGGUUAUGCGGCACGGCUGUAUUAAUCCAUCUGUUCCGUUCGAAGACCAGGAAGAAACUCGACUUGGAUGCUAUUUCUGCAAUGACGUCUAUGCGCCUUCAGAUUCACUUACUGAUCGUACGUUGGACCAGAUGUGUACCGUGACCAGACCAAGCGUUGCCAUGAUGGCCUCUUCAUUGGCAGUAGAGCUUUUCGUUUCCAUUUUACAGCACAAGGAUAAGCAAUUUGCACCACAUUCAAGCGAGGGACAACAGACGGUACUGGGUUGUUUACCUCAUCAGAUGAGAGGAUUUCUCCACAACUUUGAGAUAUUAAAGCUCAGCGCUCGCAAUUUCAAGUAUUGCUCUGCUUGUUCCAUCAGAGUAAUAGAGGAAUUUAACAAGAACGGAUGGGAAUUUGUGAAGAAGACUCUAGACAAUCCUAAAUACUUAGAGGAUCUGGUCGGAUUGACGAAAAUACACGAUGAAGCAGAAAAGGCGGCUUUGGAGUUGGAUGCCAUAGACAGCGAAGACGAGAUGGUGUAG